UUGCUAUUUAUUUUCUUCGAAAACAUUAAACAAACAAAAACGCAUCUAGAAGAGGAGUUGUGGGAGUUGCAGGGUAAAAUGAGAGAAAAGAAUAACAUGCUGUGAAUCACCUCGUUUUACAUGCUCCACAGACUCCUGUGACCCAGCCCUCCACCUUUGCCUCCCCCCUCCCCCCCCCCUUACAAAACUCUAUGACGAUCUUUAGACCCCUUCGCAUGUAUCCGGUCUCAAUUAAAACUCAACCUUUUUGUUCCGUUUUCAAAAAGGUCUGCGUCCACACGAAGCGUUUUCAUUUUCAUCGCUAGUAAAAUCUAUUAGAACUUUCCUGGAAGAUCGCAUCUCCAUGCAAGAAAUUUAUUAGCUACCCAAGACAUGACUUGCAUGUACUUGCGCGAGAAAGAAUAAAUAGAUUGGCCUGUAGCUUUAUUCAACAGGUUAGAAACACAAAACGUCUGCAAAUCUUUGUAAUUGUAAUAAGACAUAUGUAUAUCUUCUAGCAGUCUUCAGUCCUCGUAAUUUAGCCCUUUGACUUCCAGGAUAAAGCAAUAAUCCUCAAAAUUUCACAGUUUAUCUUCCUACCAUUUUGCAUCCUUAGACAUCAUCCGCCGAUAUCCCAGCCGCAAGAAAGGGUUUAUGUACCAGCGAGAAUACUUCAUCGGGAUGUAUUCCACAUUUACUAAAUGGUACAUGCAGCCUUUCGCACGCGCUACCAUCAGGCUAUGGUACAUGUUUGUGCGAUCAGCAUCGGACUCUUUUCCUUUCUUUUUGCUAGUGAAGUAUUUUAAAGCGUUUGGCUUCUAGGGUACAGGCUAAGGUACAUGAAAAAAAGUACGUGCAUUUUUUUUCAAUAUCACCUGGUUUUUAUUUUGUUUGUGAGAUUGCGAAAUAGUACUUUAAUGUCAUCAUCCAACUUUUGUAGCUAACGGUGGUGUUUGACAGGGAAUUGAAGAAUGUUAAAAUAUACGUAUUUGAUUUUUACGAGAAACACGCAGUUUCGCCACAAGUAGUGCCGAAUGAAACACCUCUUCAAAGCAUUAAUCUUGCCGGAGGUCUAGCGCUUAUAUCGACCGAGGCUGCAUACAUAUAUAUUAUCACAAUUCGUUAUUAUAUGUAUCUAUUUGAUCAAUAUUGGUUUUGAAAUCUUUUGUUUUUGGUAAUUACUUUUUUGAAAGUUAAUAAAUGCCUAUGCAUUUUGUAUGAGCCUAGCUUUUGACAGCGAACCUUUUACAGCUUAAGUUAUUUAUUUUCAUCUCUAAGGAACAAAAGUAGUACGCAUUAGACUAACACGCUUGAAGGAUUUAUUGACUAGCGCGGUCUUUUUUGAUUGGGCAAAUACCAUUGAGACGACCAUUUAAUAAGGUCGGAAUCACCCAAACAUGAGAAAACAACUUCAUCUGCUAAUAGGGACAUAAGGGGAUGUUAUUAUCGGAUUUUCUUAUUUACAAGGAUAACUUACUAUCGACUGGAAUACCUUAAGGUAAUUACGACGAAGGAUCCGGGAGUGGUGAUCUAAGUCGUUCAAUUUUCCUGGAAAACUCGGGAUUCUCAUUACACAAGUAACAUGUUGGCUAAGUCCAGGUUAUGAGGGUUAUGAAAUAACAAGCAGUCAGUAAAGACACCCAGAUACGCGUAGAAAGGGCACGGAAAUGGCCAGCGAGAAUACUUCAUCGGGAUGUAUUCCGCAUGUCUACACUCAACCUGAGAAGGUUUGUAAGACAUUAGCUUACGCCACGAUCAUCGCCUUGUCCCUGGUCGGUAACACUGUCGUUAUAUUCACGGUGUGUCGGAACAGACACAUGAAAAGCGUCACCAAUCUGUUCAUCGCAAAUCUGGCCGCAAGCGAUCUCCUCAUAACCUUCCUUGGCAUGCCUCAUCAAAUCACCGAGUUGUACACGACUGAGUGGAUGUUUGGUACGGUUCUGUGUAAACUAGUGGUGUACCUUCAAAGUGUUUCCGUGGGUAGCUCAGUGUUAACACUGUUAGCUAUAACAAAGGACCGUUUCGUCGCUAUUAUUUUCCCGUUUCGCCCAAGAAUGAGCUUCAAGACGGCAAAGACUAUUAUCAUGCUAAUAUGGUCUCUUUCCCUUGGGAUAAUGGCACCUCUGAUUUACGCUACUAAAGUUCAUAACAACCAGUGUACUGAGGACUGGACACCGGCCUUUGACGCCAAGACGGCCCCUCGUGACUACACGGUUGUACUGUUUGUCAUGUUGUAUGCUGUCCCGAUGCUAACUAUGGCGGUCCUUUACGCAAUCAUUGUCAGAAAACUUUGGCGAAGAAGGCGAAUCGGGGAAGUCAUCCCUUCAGCGAGCUCAAAAAACGAAGUCUCACGCAAAAAAGUUAUCAAAAUGCUGAUAACUGUUAUAAUGUUGUUUACAUUUUCAUGGCUACCAUUACAUGUUUUUAGCUUCAUAAGUUUUUUCGCUCCCUUUUGUCCUGAUACCAGCAACACUGCUUUGUACUUUGUAUCGCUUUUCCUUGGUCAUGGGAACAGCGCGGCGAAUCCUUACCUUUACGCUCUUUUUAAUCAAAAUUACAGGGAUGGGUUCAAAAUGGCGUGUCGGUGUGUCAUGAACCACCAUCCUCAACAUCAGCAAAGAAUUCGUCAGGCUUACACCGUAUACGAGAAACAGGUCAACAGCCCAAGACUCCCAAACGACGAGAUCAACAGCCCAAAACUCCGAAACUACCAGACCAAUGGAAAUAACCCGAUGCGAGAUUUAAACGUUGGAAAAAAGGAAUUUUAUGACCCAAGGGAGGGAUCUGCUAGAUGGAUUAAGGGGAGGGGAAGAAAUAUCCUGGAGAUCAGGAUUGUGGGAAUCGAACGAUCCUCGUCCCCAAUGAAUUGGGACCCCGACAGUGGAAGCGUGAUUAUGGAAUUUGAAAACUCGACGUUCCAAACGGAUCUGUGAUAACACAUCUACUUGUUUGCAUAAACAUUCGGCUUCAGUAGAUUAUUUUUAGAGAGCUCUAGUAAGUUAGACCAUUUUGAGUGACCGACCAUUUGAUAUCUGACUGGCCGUUCAAGGAAAAAUAAAUCUUCCGAAGAAUUCCAGAGGAAAAAGGAUUGAGGAACCAGCUGGUAGCAGAAAUAAUAUCCGUUAUUAUAUAGAUAUAUGAAAAAAGAAUUGUAAAAUAACCACAUAAACAAAGCUGUAUGCCUCAUUUACUAAAUUUAAGACUUCUUGCUG